GGGACAGAUGUCUUGGGAUCUUUAACAUUUGGGAUGCUGCAAAUGCCGAAGUUAAAUGAAAUACCUUCGGGGAGGGGAGGCCGGGAGGAGCCGCGGGGGGAGGACAGCUGGCCCGGACGAGCAGGUCCUGAGGCUGCAAGGCGCGCGCGGGGGGCGCGGGGGCUGGCGGGCGGCGCGGGACCUCCAUGGGACAGUUGGGGAAACUGCAGGCCACCUCCACGUCCUGGCCCAGGCUGGGAAGGGUGUCAGCCCUCCCUCCUCUGCGCCCCCUCCCCCCAGAAGUCCGCCAUGGAGAGCAAGGAUGAGGUCAGCGACACGGACAGUGGCAUCAUCCUGCAGUCUGGCCCUGACAGCCCGGUGUCCCCCGCGAAAGAGCUGACCCACGCGGUCCGCAAGCAGCAGCGGGCCCUGGAGGAGCGGUUGGAGGCCUGCCUGGAAGAACUGAGGAGACUCUGCCUGCGGGAGGCGGAGCUGACGGGCACCUUGCCAGCAGAGUAUCCCCUCAAGCCAGGGGAGAAGGCCCCCAAGGUCCGCCGGAGGAUUGGAGCCGUUUACAGACUGGACGAGCGGGCCCUGCACAGAGAGGACCCCCUGAGCGGCCUGGAGCGGGAGCUGGCCCUGCAGCUGCAGAUCGCCGAGGCGGCCCGGCGGCUGUGCCGGGAGGAGAACUUGGGCCGCCAGGCGCGCCGGCAGCGGAAGCAUGCGGUGCAGCAGGAGGAGAAGAAGCUGCGGGAGCUGCAGCGCUGCCUGGGGGAGCGACGGCGCAGCAGCGGGGCCCCUCCCGCCGCCCCGGCCCCGGGCCCAGAGCUCAGCGCCUCGGAUGACAGCUCCCUGUCGGACGGGCUGCUCCUGGAGGAAGAGACACCUCAAGGGCCAAAACCUCCCCCAGAGUCCUCAGAUCCACCUCCCCGGCCUCUCCCACCCCAGAGCCUCGAGGGGCUGCAGCUGGUAGGACCUGAGACAGGGGGCCUGGAGCGGGCACCCAUCCAGAACAGCCCCUGGAAGGAGACGAGCCUGGACCACCCCUAUGAGAAACCCAGGAGAUCUUCUGAGGCUGGAAGCGAGUCCAGCAGCCCUGCCACCACCCCGCAGGAUGGGCCCAGCGCCUCCAGCCUGUGGCUGCUGGAGCCUGCCUCCUACUACAUGGUUCCCAUCCGCAGCGUCCCCGGGCAGCGGCAGGGCCGCACCAGCGCCCCCGCCACCCCCGAGAUGCAGGGCAGGCGGGGCCAGUCCCAGUCUCUGAGGACGGACCCCUCCCGCGCCGGCCCCGAUGGCCGGGGCCGCAGCGCCCUCCCGCGGCGCCGCCCCACGUACUACACGGUGACCGCGCCGGACCCCUGCUGCGCCCGCACCGCGCCCGCGCCGCGCCCCGCCUGCCACUCGUGCUCCGAGGACAGCGGCUCCGACGCCUCCAGCCUGUCGCACCCCACGCCGCCGGGCAGCAGCAGCCCGGACAUCUCCUUCCUGCGGCCCCUCUCGCCGCCCCGCCCGCGCGCCCCCCGGCCCCGGCCGCCCCCUGGCUGCCUCCGGGCCCCGCGCUACGUGGUGCUGGCCGAGGGCCGCCCGUCGCCCGGCCAGUGGGGCGAGUGGGGCGAGUGGGGCCCGGGCCGCGGCGACGCCGCCGCCCUGCGCUGGCAGCGCCCACCGCCCGCCCACGGCCGCGUGGCCCGCACGCCCUCGCUGCGCGACAGCCCCGCGGGCCGCGGGCUCAGCAGGGCGGCCGUGUCGGAGGAGCUCAAGUCGUGGCACGAGCGGGCGCGGCUCCGCAGCGCGCGCCCCCACUCGCUGGACCGCCAGGGCGCCUUCCGCGUGCGCAGCCUGCCGCCCGGCGCCGAGGCCCCGCGCGCACAGGUGCCCACAGUGCGUGUGCUCCGGAGAUCGCCCGAGGGGGCCCCUGUGCAAAUUUUUAUACCUGAGAACGGAGAGGUCGUCAGCCAGGUGUGAUCCUGAGUUCCAGAUGCCUGGCUGGCAGGCAGACGACAGUUUCCCAGCGGGGCUGGGGCUGCAGCCGAGACCGCCUGCCCCGAAGCCGGAAGCCCUCCCCAGCUCCCUUCUCCCGUCGCAGGUCGAUGACCUGGAGCUGAGACGUUUUUUUUCACAUCAGUUUUUGUUCAGAAGCCUUGGCCUGAGGGUUUAUAUUUGUGGUUUGUCCUCACCAUCCCUGCAAUAUGACGAUGCUCUGUUCCCCAGAGACUGGCCUCCUGGACUCAAGGCCUCGCCUCUGACUGACGGCAUCUGUCGCCUUGUGCAGGACACGUGGCGGGGGACGCAGGCAGCAGAGAGGGCCACGGCGCGUUCCUGGAAGCCCCACCCCUGGGUUCUGAGAACUUCCUUGCAGAACAGCCCCGGCCGUGCUGCCCUACUGCCACUGGAGGCUGCACCUCAGUCCCCCGUUUCUGGCUCUUGGGGCGCCGUCGGGGUGCCUGGGCUAGGGAGUGUGUCCUCCCCUCUCUAAUGUGCUCUGUGAUGCACGCACCAAGGGCUAGGUUAAGGGUCAGUGUGUCCCGGCGGAGUCUUGUCUGUUUUCCUGACCCCAGGACUCCCCCACAGGGCCCCCAGUUGCUAAGCGCUCCCUGUCCUGUGGGCUCCUGGCAUCUCCACAGACCCAUGAGCCUUGGUUGGAAGCCUCUCCAGAUCAGCCAUCAGGUGGUCCAGGCUGGGGGCUGACCAUUUUCUCUGGGCAUCGUGAGGACUUGCAGGCCCCCCCCCCACCCCCGCUGACAUCUUUUUCUCAUAGUCCUGAAAAACGGUGCUUCACAGGUGCUUUUGGAAAGGCAUCCUCUGUGGCAAGUUCUCAGGACGGGGGCAGUCCUUGCUCCUUCUCCCACCCAGCCGAGCUUCUGCCCUGACAGCGGAUUUCCUUGAAGGAGGGCAAGCCCUUAUUUUCACAGAUGGGGAUACCUGCCCUGCAGGGUGUAAUGAAUUGUCCCAGUGCUGGGCUGAGACCUGAGGCCUGGAAGCUGUCGGGGCUAAGACCAUCGGUAUCCAGGCUCCUGUCCUGGGGCCUUUGCUGAAGGUCUGAUUCCCAAACAGGGAUCCUGCUUCUGGGAGAGAGCACCGAGCUGAGGCCAGGAGUGGGGGGCGCCCCAGCUCGGAUCUAGCCUGUGCAGAGUCCUCUGUCUGCAGGACAGAGGCCGUGAACACAGCUUGAGGCCGCAAGGGCUUUGAGGCCAGACCUGGAGGAGACACAGCUCUCCGUGCUGCACAAGGCGGCCCGGCUGAGGGGUCGGGAGAGGGGAGCCUGCGUUUCUCGCUGCUCUUACCACGUCCUGCGGCUCCCCGGCUCUGCGCGUCUUCCUGCCCCAUCAUGCUGGCUGGCUGUGACUUUGACAGCUGUUCUCCUGCAGUUCUGUGUCUGAGCCUGUUGCCCCCGCGCACAGCCAUGCUCUCCCCUUCCAGGGUCCUCCCAGAGCACAGGGCUGAGCCAGGAGACGUCCGGGCACCCCCCACCCAAGCGUCCCUCAUGUUAACUUAUUGGUCCUGUAUGAUGCCUGAUGCCCCUGCAAAGUGGCUGUGUACUCAGCCUUGGGGCUGUGGGGAGUUUGUGCCCAAAACUUCAAUAAAGUCUGCUCUUGGAGAGGCUGA